AUGAGUGAAAUAAUCAAGUAUCAGGGAUUUGACCAUGUAUGGAAAUACACUGGACCAUGGUUUUACUAUAUGCUUGCAGCUUAUAUUUGUCUUCCAAUUAUAGCAUACAAAUUGCUACCCUAUUUUUCCCAAAGUAGGAGGUCACCCAGUCGCAAAAGCGUAUUAAUAUUCGUAUUGGGGGAUUUAGGUCAUUCGCCGAGGAUGUCUUACCAUGCAUUGUCGUUUAGUAAAGCCGGGUUCGAUGUCAGUUUAUGUGGAUACAUUGAAACACGUCCACUAGAUGAGAUUGUUGAUGAUUUGAAUAUCGACAUUGUACCUAUUGGCGUUGUCCAUAAUGUUUACAACUUUCCAUUUGCAAUUUUUGCAGCUCAAAAGAUCCUUACACAAGUGAAACAAUUGGUGAAGUUACUUUGGAAUAGAGGUGGUGAAAUGGAUGUGGUAAUGAUACAGAAUCCUCCCAGCAUUCCGAUAUUGCUCAUUGUUUUACUAUUCAAGUUUUUUAUACACAGACAUUGGAAAGUUGUCAUUGACUGGCAUAAUUUGAAUUAUACUAUUUUGAAUUUGAGGUUCCAGAAUGUCAAUCAUCCAUUCGUGAAGUUGAUGAAGCUUUACGAGAGCUUUUUAGGUAAGUUCGCCGAUUUAAACAUAACAGUGACAAAAAAGAUGAAGAAGUUUUUGAUUAAUGAUUUUGGAGUUGCCAAAUCGAAAGUAACGACGUUUUACGACCGACCUGGAACGCAAUUCAUGCCAGCAGAAAGCACCGAUAUCCGAAAGAGUCACGAAAUUUUCCAAGAUAUAAAGGAUAUCGAGUUGUAUAAGAUAUUAAUCAGCUCCACAUCAUUCACUCCCGAUGAGGAUUUUGACCUCUUGCUCGAUGCUUUGAAGAUCUACGAUAACCUAGAAAAGUCUAACGCGCCUCCUAUUUUACUCAUUGUAACCGGAAAGGGCCCACUCAAGGAGAAAUUUGUACAAAGAGUUAUUGAACUUGACUAUUCACCAAAAAUUAUUGUAAAAACUGCAUGGUUAACCUCAGAGGAUUAUCCAAAGAUCUUAGCACAAGCGGACUUGGGAAUAUCGUUGCAUACAUCCUCAAGCGGAAUUGAUCUACCCAUGAAGAUUGUUGACUUUUUUGGAUGUGGUGUUCCUGUCAUAUCACUUAGUUUUCCUGCUAUAGAUGAACUAGUAAAGGAUGGUGACAACGGACUUAUUGCAAGAAAGUCUACAGCUGAAAAUCUAGUUGAAUUAUUGGAAAAAGUAUUUGUAGAUGAUGACUUGCUAUCCAACUUGAAGGAGGGGGCUUUGAGGGAAAGUAAAUCCAGAUGGGAAGAAAAUUGGACCACAGUUCUUCGGCUGAAAUUUGUAAAUAAACAGUCGAAAUAG